AUGGAGCCCAACUUUCCCCGCUGUGUGCGCCAGGCCUGGGACUCCGCAGAGGAGCCUCCCGGGCCAGAGACGCCGGGAACCCGGAGCUCAGCGGACUCUGGGCCCUGGCCGCUCCCUUUCUACCCUAAGCUGGGCCACCUCUCCUGGGACGACCGAGACUUCAACCGGGAACUAUUUUCUGCUCCCUGCGGGCUUCUGCGCCGGGACUGCCCGCGACACCGACACAGAGCGGAAAGCACCUCGAGGAGGAGCGCAGAGCCGCCCGCCCCACGCGACACCCCGCCACCCGGAAGGAGCCAAAGGCGCAGCCAGGACAGGCGGCCGCCGCCCAGGAGCCUGGCCGAUGCCGGCCGCCAAAGCCUCCCUUGGCUGGCAUCACCCAGGGAAGGACCACGGGAGCCGGAGACUUGCUGUGACGAGGACUCUUCAGAGCGUCGUCUUCCUUCUGCCCAAAGGAGCCAAGGUUGCUUGCGAAGGCUGCUAGGUCUGGAUCCCACACUCUGUGGCCUGGCCUCCGGGGGAUGCUAA